AUGUCCCCUCCAGAGGACACCACUUCAAAUACGACUCGGGCACAGUCUUUAGCCGUUGCUCCAGGGACCGACGACCCCACCCAUUCUUACUUGACCUACCGGUCACCACUCCUCAACUCCUCGCUGCCUGACAACCAGACCCCCGAGGACCCACUCUUACACCACCCCCCUCGCUUCCACCCUGACGCUGUUGCGGUUGGCUUCUCCUGCCUUCGUGCGCGUGGUUUCCCAGUCCUGUUAAGGUUUGUCCACAGAUAUGACAUCGGGAACGUUGGUAAUGAUAUCGUUUCGAUUGAACACUACGUUUAG